CAUUACUGACCAUUCUUUAAUCAUAAAAGUUCAUAGACUGUGCUCAGAAAGUGGGUAAUUAACGAUUUUGCAUACUCAUUAUCGUAUAUAUUCCUCCUGCGCGCCGCCCGCGCAUGCCACGGAGAAAUAAUUACCGAAAAACCAUAUCCCCGUAGACUGUAAUGCAAAAUUGAAUUUAAUUAGGUACUGUAAUGAACAUUUAUAGCAUAUCUCUGAAAAAUACUGUUGUAUUGAACACUUCGAAAAACAUAACCUAUACUGGAGGUUAUGUUUUUAUGAGAUGUUGCGAAAGAAAAAUAAAUAUCAAAACAGUUUAAUUUACAUAUAACGAAUGAUGUAAAAUGCUACAUGAAAUCUGUAAUUGGGAUCAACCUAUCAAUAUAGCUAUAGAGUAUCAUGAUUUGCAAAAUACCAUUUACAUAAGUUAUCAAGACCUGUUUACUGCAACUAAUAUUAUUUCUGAUUAUUUGAAACAAAUGCAAAAUUUUGAAUUCAUUGGUAUAAAUUUUGAUAUUCCUGAAUAUUGUGUAGUGUGUUUGAUGCUUGGAAUUUCAACCAGUAAUCAUGGUUUUGUGAACAUACCUUUGAAUGAAACAGAAUUUGUCAAUUUAAAAGAUUUGUUACAUAUACAUUACUUGUUUUGUAAACAUUUAAUUGCUGAAGGAUGCAUUGUGCACCAAUUUAAAGUUUACAAUGAAUAUAUCUAUCUUGUAAAGUUGAAACAUGUCCAAAAACAGGUUGUACAGAAUGCAAAAAGAGGGAAUUAUGCUUAUGCAAUUUGUACUUCUGGUACAACAGGAAUAUCAAAAGUAAUUAGAGUGCCACAUUCUUGUAUAAUUCCCAAUAUUUUAGAUUUAACCAAGAUAUUAGCAAUUACAGAAUGUGAUAAAAUUGCACAGUUUACAAAUUUGACAUUUGAUCCUAGUAUUAUAGAAAUCUUUCUUGCCAUCUCAAAUGGUGGGACAUUGUUUAUGCCUUCAAAAUCAUUAAAAAAUGAUCCAAAUAGACUCAUAAAAGAAGCAUAUUCUAGUCAAAUUACCAUACUUCAAAUAACCCCAUCAGUUUUUACAUAUAAUUGGUCAACUGAAUGUUUGAAAACUACUGUUUUAAGUAGUGAUACUUCAUUAAGAACUAUUCUUUUUGGUGGAGAACCUCAUCCUAAAGUAGAGUUUCUUCUGGAAUCAAAACACCCAUACAAUAAUACAAAAGUUUACAAUAUCUAUGGUAUUACUGAAUUAUCAUGUUGGGCUAGUAUAAACGAAAUUACACUGAGAAAUGUACAGGAUAACAUGCAAUGCUUAGGAGAAGUAUUAUCAGAAACUAUAUUCCAAGUAAAGAAUGAGGAAGGAGAAAUAUUAACAGAGGGCACAGGUUUUCUGUACAUAGGAAGUAAUACAAGAGUGUGUACAAUAAAUGAAGAAAAUGUUGAAGAUCUAGAGCUACCAGUAUUUCGCGAUUCUGGCGAUGUAGUUAGUAUUGAUAAAAAAGGUAAUAUGUUUUAUAAAGGAAGAAGAAAUAGUGUCAUAAAAAGAUUUGGAAACAAAGUGGAUUUAAUUAAACUUGAGAAACUUAUGUUGGAACUAAAUUCUAUUAAGAGUUGUUAUGUUAUUUGGGAUGAGAAAUGCUAUAAAUUACAUUUAUGUCUAAUCUUGAAGGAAAAGAUUACAAAUUAUCCUAACAUAAAUACUGAAGUGAUUGAACAUUUACAAAAAUUAAACUCUCUAUAUAGGCCAGAUAAAAUUCACUUGUUAGAACAUGUUGAAUUUACUUCUAAUGGAAAAAUUUCUAUGGAUUUUUUAAAACAGCAUUGUUUACAAGAACAGACAAUAGAUCAAAUCCAAGAUAAUAUUGAUUUUCAAAAGAUCGAAAACAUUGUCAAAUCUUUUUGGAACGAUAAUUUAAAACGUGAAGAUGAUGGAUUUGUCAAAUUGGGAGGUUCAUCUAUUAUAGCAUUGCAAUUAUCAAGUAUUGUAUCUGAAGCAUCCCACAUGGAAUUUCCUGAAUUGAUAGGCAUGCUUUUAAAAGACGCCACCGUUCACGAAUGUCUUAAAUACAUAAAAACUAUAAUAUUAAAUAAUCGUGAAAAUACAACAACUGAUAACGCAAUAUGUAAUUCCAGUGAUAGUCAAAUAAUACCUUUAAUUGAACGUAUUGCUCCAGACAUACCAAAGUGUUCGAAUGUUGAACAACAAGACCUUAACAUACUGAACACAUCAGAUCAGUUGUGUACAUGUCAGUGGUACAAGUGUAAAGGAGAAACAUAUAAAAACAUACCAAUUACAAACGAAAUAUAUCGAUUACGAUGUAAUAAAGUUUCAAAAAUUGAAAUUUUGAAAACAUACGAUUUACACAAAUGUGUAGAUGCAUCACCAACUUUAGUUCAGUAUGCAGACGGAAAAAAAUACGCAGUGGUUGGUUCUCACUCUGGUUUUAUUGUUACAAUACAAUUGGAAAAUCAUAGUUACACUUCUGCAUUUAAAAUAAGAUUACCCGACAGAAUCGAAGCUUCAGUUUUAGUUUUAAACAAUUUUAAAGGUGUUGUAGGAUGUUAUGAUGGCAAUAUAUAUUGCGUACAUUUAAAAACAGGAGAAAUUAUUUGGAAAUAUCAAACAGGAAAUGCUGUAAAAUGUACUGCAAUAUUUAGCAAAAAUCAAGACCGAUUAUUUGUUGGCUCCUACGAUUGUUACGUGUAUUGUUUAUUCACAAAAGAUGGAGGUGAAAUUUGGAAAGUAAAAGGCAGUAAUGGAAGUGUUAGCGCUUCAGGAUGUUUACAUUUACCAUCAGAUUCAGUAUUAUUUGGAACUUUGGAUGGAUCUUGUUUAGCACUGCAACAAAAGUCAGGAAAAAUCAUAUGGAAACAUAAAUUGGCGGAUCCCAUUUUUGUCGCGCCUUUGACGCUAAAUAGCGGACUCGUCCUAUUUUGUUCUGUAACAGGAGCAUUAUACUGUUUCGAUAUCCAACUUAAUGUUAAGAUGUGGGAAUAUAAAAUUAAUGGCAAUGUAUUUUCAUACAUUGUGAAGCAUCAUAAUGAUGCAGAUCAUGAAAACAUCAUUAUAGCUAGUCAAAAUAAAAAUAUCUAUUACCUACAGUCAAAAGGUUUAGAUUUUCGAACUGAACCUAUGUUGAAACAUACGCUAAAUUUUCAUUCGUCAAUUUUUGCCACUCCCUGGUGCGAGAACAACUUCCUAUUCGUAGCGUGUACAGAUGGUACAUUAAAUAUUUAUGACUUUGCAACAAACAGACUGAUAAAAAGUGAAAAACUUCCUGGAGAAGUUUUCUCAUCGCCUGUUAUUGAUAAUGACAUUGCGAUUAUUGGAUGCAGAGAUAAUAAUGUUUACAUCCUGAAACUUGUGUAAAACAUCAUUGAUUUUCUUAAUUAUGGCUUCUUCAUUGGAUAUGACCACGUUAUAAAUAUUAGACAAGGAAAUAUUCUGAUUCUCAAGUUUACAUAAAAUAACAACGUUUCAACGACUUCAUCUUUUCUAUGUUCCCAUUCUUUUAUAUUUCAGAAUGAGAAAGUAUAUUUAUACAUAUAUAAUAUAUCUAUUUAAUUUAUAUUUAAAUGCUUGGCCGCUUUUCAAUUUUUCAUUUCUAAUAGUUCGACAUAAAAUUGUGUCCUGUUAUGUUUUCUUAUUACAGGUGAUUACUUUUUUUCAAAUAGUAUAAUUUAUACACAUUUAUUUUGCAUUUCUUUAAACAUACAUUUUUAAAAUGUCAAAUAUUGUAACUAAAUGUGCAGUAUCUUCUAGUGCUAAACCGCGGCAUGCUAUUUAUAUGUCUGCAUGUAGAAUUCACUUUCUUAAAUUAUCUUUAUCUUGUACCUCGUGUCGUUACGCGGAACUUUUUUAACUACUGCGAAUAGCAAUAAGGACUACAAGACUGUGUAACUUUUACAUUCCGAAUAAACAAUUUGCUUUAU